CAUAGCUCUAAAAAAGUUAAACCAUUGCUUUGCAAUAAAAGCGUUCAUUUAAAGUUUUAAUUUAGAGUUAAUGUCAAAAGAGCAUGACAACCUAUAGUAAACAAAAGUUAUGACAAUACCUUUCACUAUUGAAAUGAAAAAAUUUAGAACAAAAAAGGACACCAAUUUAUAUAUUAAUUAUUUAACAAUAAUGAAUAAGAAACAUUUUAAAAAAAUCAUAUUAACGAACUGUUAUAAAGAUUUUGGCUUUAAAAAAAAUUAUGCCUAUUCAGAAUCAUUGUUACUACUAUCACCACUGUGGCUAAAAAACGAAGGGUUUGGAUUAAAUGAUUUUAAUAAAUUUAGAGAGUCUGGAACUAGAUUAAACUUGUUAUACGCGGGUCCGAAGAGAUUAAUCAAUUGUGGAACACAUCAAUGUUAAUGUCCACUCUGCUCAUUUUUCUUAUAUGAUGUCCCCCAUUUUGUUUGUACUCUUUAUUCCGAGCUUUUUGAGCUUUCACCGAUAAUUAUCCGAUAGGUACUGGGCAUGAUUUAAUGAUUUCUUCUCCCCCAUGAAUAAGAAUUUUAUUUAUAGUGACGGGCAUUUUGUAUCAGGGAUAAAGAAAUACGAAUUGUUUGGCUGAUUCCAAAGAAUAUGAUUUAAAUCACAUGUAAAAUUACAAAAAAUCGAUGUAUUAAAUUUUGAUUCAAACCGGUUAUUUCAGCAGAUUUUAUAUAAUUUCCAAAAAAUUUGCAUGCAGUAUUUCCAGCUUUCGAAAAACGAUGAAAUCGAAUUUUUUGAAAAUAUCUGCGCUCGUAUAAAAAUUUUAUAUCUCGGUAACGGUAAGUCCUAUGGUAUCGCCGUUGGUACAAAAAUGAUCACCGUCGAAAAAAAAUAUUUUUUUUUGUCUGUCCGUUCUCCGUUCUCGUCUUUUGGUUUUUCCUAAGUAACUUUCGAACCCUUGGAGCUAAAAAAUUUGAAAUUUGCCUCCUUUUUAACCUGGCUGGGGGGUCGGGAAUUAUUUAAAAAAAAAUCGCGUUUGCAAGCGUCUUCAAAAAACCAUUUUCAAAAACCACUUACAAGACCAAAAAAAAUUUUUGAACCAGAAGACGCAGAAGAUACGGCUCCAUAAACUUUUAUAAUUGACAAUUUUUCAAAAAUAUACAUGAUGCUCCGCAAAUUCAUAAAAACUGAAAAAUGGGUCCCCCUAUUAUUGAAAAUUGGUUAUAACUGGAAGACUAUAACUCAGAUCUCACUUUCUUCUAUAUUGCGAUAUACCCCACAUAGACAGCAAAAAUUUUUGUAUUUAAAGUUUUCACCCGUACUCCCGAUAUUCCGUGCUAUAUAAGAAAUGUCUUAAGUGUCCUAAAUUUGCAGAUAUCCACUUCAAAUUUAGUAGAAGGGUACAAGUCCGUGUCCACAUUUAAACUGUAGAAAUUGGGUGCAAUAAAAUUGAUUUUUUUUUUGGUAAUUUUAGCUUCCAGAAAAAUAUCUUCCUCCAGCAGACACGGAAGAUCCAGUGCAAUAACUUUUAUUUGGGGCAUUCUUUCGAUUAUAUACAGGGUUUUCAAAUUAUAGCCAAAAAUCUAAAAGACCUAAAAUAUUGUUCUUUUACAGAGUAAAUUAUUAGCCGCAGAUCAAAAAUCGUAAAAAAUAUGGUUAAACGGAGUGUUCUGAGGCGUAAAUAUCAUUAUACGGUGGGCAUAACUUUAAAUCAUUUUCCCUGGCAUUGUUUCGUAACAGUUGAUAUUGUCGCUUAGAAAGAUUCGUAUCUACUAUUAGCGACAGUGCUUUUUCUGGAGACAUCUUGGGUUGGACUGACUCGUUGGAUGAGUUUGCUAGUUGAGCUAAUAAAUUUGCCGCUGCUGGUUUACCCGAAGCUCUUAAACUCAUUUCUGCAGCAAAAACAAGUUCGUCGGUUUCACAUUCUGGGAGUUGUUUCGUUCUUUUAUAUUUCCCCGCAUAGCUUAAACUGCCAGAAUUUAUUUUUUGUCGGCCCACAGUGGACGUUUUUGGUUUAUUGCACGGUAUUGCUACAUUUGUUUCCAGCCAUUCUGCAAACCUCGUCAAAAAACUGUUUUUAUUCCUGUUUGGCUCCUCGCCUGCCAUUUUCUUCGAAAUUGGAAAAAAUAAUUAUUUGUCAAAGAUUUUAGGUUUUGGUUUUGACUGCUACAAUCUUGACAUGUACUCCCAAGUAAAGUUUCUUUUGUUGAUACUUUAGGUUCACGGGCUUUUUGGACACAUAGGUCAAAACUUACAACGAAAAAAACUUUUCUCCGUUUUCUUUUUGCCCACCCGGUAAGUUCUUUAAAAAUUAUUUUUACAAAAUGGAGCAGGUGGGAGCAAGAUUGUGUCUUACACGUGACAGCACAUGUUACUUUAAUACCUACAGCAUCCCUAAAUUAUGCUAAAAUUGUAACAUAUUCCUUAAUAAAUUACAAACAUACUUUUUUGGGCUAUUUUUUAAUAUGACUCAAAACAAUGUAGAUUUUUUUAAGGAUAAUUGCCUUUUAGAGUAAUUUACUUAGCAUAAAAUAUAGUCUCAAAACUUACCUUUACUGGCUCCCUGCAUUCUUAAAUUUGUCAAAAGCUAAUUUCUUUUAAAAAAGUCCAGUCCACUUUUCACACUGAAAAUUGUAUAAAUAAAACAUUCUUAAAUGAUACUGACAACAAACUACAAAAUUAUUGUUGACGUUUCCAUGGCAACAAGGCCACUUAAACUUAAGCUUGUUUUGUGAAGGUUCAUGGCCUACUUAAUUAGCCUGUGAUAAGGAAAACUUUCAUUGUACGAAAUAUAUUAUGGGUUCGUUUUAAUAGUUUGAGCUGUCCCUGGCCCACCCUGCGCCACUAGUGAUCGCGAACGAAAACCGCAAGGAAAGUGACGUACGCUUUCUUAUGUUAACCUGGGAAAGACUAGUAACGGAAAAACGAAGAGUUUAACAUAAUUUCAGCAUCACGAAUUUAAAAAUUAUAACCUACAGUUUUUAUCAUUAAAGAAUUUCGGAAUUAACAUUCUCUUAGUCACUUCUUCCGGACAAUAAUUUCCAAGACAUCGAACUGAAUGUGACUAAAAAAAUGACAUUUGAAUGGCCUUGUGUUCUGUGAAACAAGCUUUUAAAGAUUCCACAGAUGGUUGUGUUCAAUAACAAUUCAGGUGAAAUCAUCGUGAAAUUGUGUUGCUCCGAUUAGUCGUUUGUACUACAAGUAAUUGGUCAUGGGUUGUUGCCAAAAAUGCCUGACCCGCAUACCUUACGCUACCCUUAUCGCCACCAUUAUGUGUGCCUUGGGAAUUGUGAUAUUCUGCGGCACCAUGUACCGGGGUGCCACUCUUUCGGUACUCAUGUUCAGCGAGGUGUUCAGCAUGCAAUUGUUUUGGGUGGACGCGGUGAAAAUGACUUUCGUACUGGUCGGAGCUUGUAUGGGAGCGCUAGGGUUGAUGAUUCUACUUGUGGGGUUCUUGGCCACAGGGGCUACGCGGCACAAAGUUUAUAAGGGAUGGGGUUCCAGGGUUACGGGCAGGUUAAGUUGUGCUGUGUUUAUGGGAAUAACAUAUGUCUUGCAAAUCGCGUGGCUUCUGAUGUUUUGUUUCCUCGUCAUUGUUACAUUUGUGUUUACGGUGUUUUGGAAAAUGUGCGAAAAUCCGCGCGUCGCAACGCUACAGGACGACAUCGACCUAACACAAUUUUAUUUCCUUUUUCCCACUGGAACGAGGCAAGAACACAUGAAAGUGUCAGGAGAAAGUAAUGUGAAAGCGUUCUGCAAGGAUUAUGUAGAGAAGGUCGAGAUCAUGUUUAUACUGGCCAGCGUGUCUUGCUUACUGGUUAUCCUGAGCCUUGUUCAUUAUUUGAUGUGUUUGUCGGCAAAUUACGCACACAUUCGCAACCAAGAGAAAUUCCUGCAGUUCCAGGACCUGCAGAUGCUCAGCGACAAUGAUAUGCUCUCGGCCAAGGACCGCUUCUAGGAUACGGCCCAGGAAAUUCACAUGCCGGAACUGAGCUGGAGGCUCGCGUGACUCAACCAAAUUGCUCAAAAAUAAAGUCUUAUUUUUGUAUACCUUUUUAUGGGAUGUGAAUUUCCUGGGUGCAUACCAUCAUCCUCUUCCUAUCUCUUCCCUUGUACCUGUGUUGGUUGUUGUGCCUCCUUGGUUUGUUGCAGUUUAAAAAAGGUGGGGUCAAUAUCCGAAUAUAUUUUUUUAGUUAAAUUACAUAUUAUUUAGCUUUAUUGUAUUGUAAGUGAUGGUAACUAUCGGUGAAUCUAUUCGAUAUUUAUUUAUAAUAUUUGCUAGUUUUAAACUUAGUUUCUAGUAGUCUGUAUUUUGUUCUUUUCCUCGCGAAAAUUCGUGCCGAAAAAUUAUAAGGGCACACUUUACUUACUGUGAGUACCCUCCUGGAGCCAAACCAGGAAAAGGGGAAGAGAUGUUUGGUUAACCUCGAUCCGGAGCAACGAUUAGUUAGUAGUUUUUUACUAAUUAGUAUUAUUAGUAAUAAUUUUGUAUCGCAGCAGAUAAUUUUUGUAAAUAAAUUUGUAUAAAUGUA